AUGGGGCACCCCCCUCCAGCUGCCUCAGGGCCUUCCAUUUGGGCCUGGGGCGUCUCCAGCUUUGACCCCCUGGUGGGGAGCCUGCCCUCAGGCCCCUGGGCUUCCAGAGUGUUCCCUUACCCUGUGGGGCCCCCACCCCCAUACUCCUCAGUCCUUCCAGCUCCAGCUCCGGGUGCCUCGGGGCCUCAUGCCCAGAUGGGGUGUGUGUGGAGCCAGCCCUCGGCCCCCGGGACCCCCAGGGUGUUUCCUUACCCUGUGGGGCCCCCACCCCCAUACUCCUCGGCCCCUCCAACUCUAGGUGGGCACACCCCCAAACCCGGAGCCCAGCGGGGGUGGCAGACUCCGCCCAGCUCAGCCCUCCUGACUGCAGUGGGGACGCCGUCCAGAGCUGCUUCCCACGUGAAGAUGAUGCUCCAAGUCCUUCCAUCAGGAGGGGUGUCCAGGUUCAGCAUCUGGGCCCCCAAACUGCCCUGCAGCCCAGAACUCUGCCCUCUGCCCCCGUCCCCCUGUGUGGACCCCCAGCCGGAACCUGACAGCCCCUGCCCCCACCGCCCGCCCUCCCAGGCCCGCCGCCAUCUCUUCUAG